CCCCUGCAGGUCUACACCAUCAACCUGGAGUCGCGGUACCUGCUCGUGCAGGGCGUGCCCGCGCUCGGCGUCAUGAGGGAGCUCGUGGAGCAGUUCGCGCUCUACGGCGCCGUCGAGGAGUAUCAYGCUCUGGACGAAUACCCGGCGGAGCCCUUCACGGAGGUCUACCUGGUAAAAUUCCAGAAGCUGCAGUGCGCCAGGGUGGCCAAGAAGAAGAUGGAUGAACGGAGCUUCUUUGGUAGUUUGCUCCACGUGUGCUACGCCCCAGAGUUUGAAACGGUCCAAGAAACUCGGGAGAAGCUGCAGGAUAGAAGAAAGUAUAUAGCGAGAGCAACAAACCAGAGAGAUCACUUUCUUGCAAAAAGAGCCGAGGGACCUAAGAGGAUCAUCCGGGAGAACUCUGGGUACGACGGCCRGCAGAUUCCAUCGGAAUUCCCAGGAGCUGGUAACUGGGAUCCAGSUCCUUGCUUUCCAGAUUCUCACUUGGUCCCACAAAGCAGCGGAUAUCCUUCUAGGAAUCAUAAUCAGAGCCAGUUUAUGCUGCCCCAGAAUGACAGUACCUGUGCUGAAACUUUGUGCUGCUCUGGUGCAAGCACACCCUUAACUCCGGAUGCACAAGCGGGACGUUUCCCACCCCUUCCCUCGGCGCAGCGCCGAGCAGCUCCUGUGGACAAUGGCAUUGACAGGUUUCUGCCUCGGACAACUCACCUGCAGGAGCGUAAGAGGAGGAGAGAGGAAGGUAGCAGGUCUGCCCUCCUGGGAACGUACACGGACAGCACGGAAGUCACUAUYGGGCCGCAGCUCCCGGCAGUGCCGAAGGUGGAUAUGGAUGAUGAUUCUUUGAACACUUCAGCUGCCUUAAUUCGAAAUAAGCUGAAGCAGGUGGCUGAUUCUGUUUCAAGGACAUCUGUGGAAGACCCUCAGGAUAGCACAGCCAAGCCACUUGUAAAGCAAAGAAGAAGAAUAUAGAUACUGCUGGCAGCAUCUUCCUACAGUCUUCUUUAAAUAAUAAUUUAAAUAGAUACAUAUAUUUGGGAAUAUCAAAAAUAAGAUUUUAUAUUGCAUUUCACAAUAAGUCCCCGUUAAAAUUGGUUUUUUUU